AGUGCACAUAGUCUGCGCGCGUCGUAGAGGCGAUAUCUUAGUACAGUACGUUACUUGCAGCUUUGUAUUGUGAUAACAAGGAAUUCUGUACUACGUAAUGGUUACCUCCAAGAGCGCUGGAGCUCCACGGAAGAUAGAGAGGAGCAGCAUUUUGAAGAUUUUGAUGAAUGGCCGCUUUCGUACAAAGCUUUACAUCGCCCUCUUCGUCGUCAUUGAUGUCCUCUUCGUUGCAGUGAUUUUUAAUGACUAUGGUCCUUGCAUUUUGAAGAUGUUUCGAAGGAAUAGUCUCGUGACAAGUGCACCAUGCAAUAGGACAGGAAAUUUGACGUCAAAAGCAGCAUAUGGUUGGAAGACAUUCACAACAUGUGGGGAUCCAAGUCUUAAGAUACUCUAUGUCAUAGAUACCACUCCAAAAAACCUCGAAAAGCGUCAGUGGCUUCGGAAGACCAUCGGCGAUCCUUUUGUUCAGUCUCUAAUGAACUCCAGGAUCAUUUUUUUUGUGGGAUCAUCGGCUCAUCCGGAAGAACAGCGGGUGCUUGUGGAGGAAGCUACUCGCGAGGGAGACCUUCUUGUGCUGAACAUCACAGAGAGCCGCCGCAAUUCCUCCCUCAAGUUUCUUCUUGUUGCAGAGUGGCUUUUUGAUAACUGCCCUCUGGAUGAUGCACUUACUCUUGUCAAGAUGGACGAUGAUGUAUUAGUUAACGUCUACGCCUUAUCUUCUUACGCAAGCAGCAGUGUAAUGUGGCUAACCGGCAUCCACGGCGUGGUUUACAGAAACAAACCUCCACAGAGAAAGCGGAGUGAUUAUUGGUACGUAAGCAAAGAGGAGUAUAGGUCUGACGUAUACCCUGCCCACUGUGCUGGAGAGGCCUUCAUCAUGAAGCCUGCUGUGUUGUCUGCCAUCGUGAGCGCUGCAGUUCAUGUGCCGUACUUCUGGAUUGCCGAUGUUUACGUGACAGGAAUGAUCGGAGAGUUUGCUAACCUGAAUAUGGUGGACAUUUCGCGCCACGUGAUAUUGUACAAACAGAAAAGAAAGGUGACCGUUGGUGAUACAACGUUGUUUGUUUGCACGCGCUCGGCUGGAGUUUCCAAUGAGCAAAUUAACUCUCUGUGGGAUAUCAUUCGCCAGAGAAACCAGACAGUGCAGCGAGAUUUUCACAAAUAUGUGGAAGUGCACUAUCGUACUGUAGGGUAAAUAAGAAGCUUCAAAAUGAUGUGGCGUAUAACGGUAAUAUGAGCAGCCGCUAAUUUGGAAUUAUUUUCUGCAUUUCAACAAUUGAACGUAUCAAAAGUGCGACCAUAUCAGUGGGAAACAGAAGCCAACACAAGGAGAUGUCUCUGUUAUGGAAAGAUAACGAAUAAAAUGAACACUC